CAUGAUGGUCUGAAGCCUGAGGGGUUCUGGGCGAUCACAGUUGGACAAGAAGUUGGUAUAUUCUACCACUGGGCUGAUGUUGCUGAAUGCACCAACUAUGUUAGUGGUAAUGUUCAGAAAUCAUACCCCUCUUUCUGGGAGGCACUAGAAGUGUACACUGUCAAAUACAAU